AUGCCCCUCUUCUGCUUACUUCUCUCAUCAUCAUCACCGAGUCCACUUUCUCUCUCCCCCAGUUUCACGCAUCAUAUAUCAUGUCUCAGCCGAAGGUCUUCAUCACUGGUGCAACAGGCUUCAUUGGCCGCGUUGUCACUGAAUUCGCAGUGAAGGAAGGAUACGAUGUCCGUGGUCUCUCGCGUCGCGAGGAAGGCGACGCGCUCCUGAAAUCUCUCGGGGCGACGCCCGUCCGGGGAGACCUAGACAACCAUGAGCUCCUCACCCAGGAGAGCAAAAACGCCGAUAUCGUUCUCCAUCUCGCCUUCAACCAUGACUUCUCCAAGCCAUUCGACCAGCUCGUGGCCCUCGAAAUCAGCGCUGUGACUGCGCUCGCCCAGGGUCUCGAAGGAACAAACAAACCCCUAGUCGUCACCAACGGAACAGCCUUCGUCAAGCCCGACCCGAACGGCGACGAAACCGACGAGACUGCCCCUGUUGCAGAUCUCGCCCUCGGUCAUCGCCAAGUAGCCGAGGAGCACGCUUUCUCCUUCGUGGCCAAGGGCGUGCGUGUGGUCUCCAUCCGUCUGCCCCAGUACGUCUACGGACGGGCCAACUCCACCGGCUUCGCGGCGCAGCUCAUCAAAUUUGCCCUUGCCUCUGGCGAAUCGGUCUACAUUGGCGAUGGCGAAUACUGCUUCUCCGAUGUCUACGUCGACGAUGCCGCCCGGUUGUACCUGCUGGCAGCGAAGAACGCCCCGGCUGGAGAGGCCUUCAACGGCUCCGGCCACACUACCACCACGUACCAGGCACUGGCCACGGCCAUCGGCAACCUGGUGCAGGUGCCUGCGAAAUCAAUCACGGAGCAGCAGGCGACGGAACGCUGGGGGCCUUUCUUGACUUCUUUCUUUAGUGUGCGGAACCGGGCGUCGAACCGUAAAGCUCUCGAGCAGCUUGGUUGGCGCCCUACGGGGCCUGGGCUGUUGUGGGAGAUUCAUUCCGGUAGCUAUGUGGAAGUGGCGGAGAAGUUCAAGCAGGAUGGCGCUGCCGAAUGAAUCCUGAAUCUGUAACUGUCGAACUCUACGGACGUGUAAUUUUUUUUUUUUUUUUUUUUUUUUUUUU